AUGGCCCUGAGCAGUGCUGUAUGGGUGAACUGGAUUCCUGUCUUUAUCACAGUAAACGGGAAUAUACUGGAUGGUAACGUGGCUCUGACUAUACUGAACACAGUGAAAGCAGACAGUGGAUCAUGCUGCUGCAGAGUGGACAUUGCUGGAUGCUUUAAUGAUGGAAAGGUAUCUUUAACUUUAAAAGCUAUAAAAGCUCCUGCAUUGACGACCACACUGCCAAACCCACUUUCCCCAACAGCAGGAGCUGAGAAUCACAACAGAUCAGAGCCACAUCCCCCCCACAAGCAGUUGGAGUGGAGGAAAGUCAUCCUGUUUGUCAGCAACACCAAAGUGGAAUAAUAGUUUUCUGCAAACAGAUGGCAUCGUGAGUACUGGAAUCAGAAGAGUACCAGUUAACAUAAUGAAGAAAAAAUGGUCCUUAAUGUAAAUUUAUGAGAAUAAGAGAAUAUGGGUUUUUGCACUUUCUUGAAGUGAAUGCCAUGAAUUGGACUGUGUACAUAAAUAACAGAGAACAUGGAAACUAACCUGGUCCAUAUACCUUUUUUUUAAGGAAGAACAUGCUUUAAAAAGUGAUUCAUUCAGCGUUCCUGUUGCGGCUCUAUGUGUAUCAGCAAUCGUCCUGCUCUUAAUAAUUGCUCUAGCAAUUCUUCUUGUUUUAAACGGAAGUAAUACUGCUCUAUCAGCAUUACUAAAUGGAGCCCAGUAUUCCAGAGGCAUUGGCUUGGUGGUCCAGUGGUUAAAGUAAAAGGCUUGUAACCAGGAGGUCCCUUGUUCAAAUCCCAGCUCAGCUCAAA